AUGGAACCUGCGCGUGUGUAUGUUUUGGUAAAAAGACUUAAUUUUUGUUGAACGUUAAGUCUAAAGUGAUCCUCAAAGGUGUACGCAGCAGGUCAAAUGAUACGACCGUUUGUCUACACAACAAAAAUGAAGAUACUAUCAAUAGCUAGUCAAAAGGUUCAAUCAAACGGGAGAAAUUAAAUUCGCACGUGUAAACCCCACUUUUCUAAAAACAACAACUGCAACAACAGCAGCGAAAAGCAAUGAGCCAACAUAAGAAAUUCAGGCCACACAGACAACCAACAUGAACAUGAAAACAAAAUAAUCAACGAAAGGGAAAGCAAAUGUCAGCAAGAACAUACUUGCGUUAAAAAGGAAAUUAGCUCAGCAACUGAAAUUACCACGCUGGAAGUUGGAGAAUACGCCUAGCCGCACACAGCACGCUUCCAGCGCAACAUAAAUUGUUGCUUAGCAACAUGUUGCUAGGCGCUGUCGGCAACAAAAUAGCAACGCUGACGAUGACGGUGUCGUGUUAAGCGAAGUGGAAGUCGCAAGCAACAGACAGGAAAACCAACAAACGAAGCGGCGAACGCGUGAGGGUGUGUAAGCGGGCCUGCAUGACUGUGUGUGUGUGUGUGUACUCUGUAGGCAGCGAAGUGACAACAUUUGGAGGGCGCGACAAGCAACAGCCACAGACUCAAAGUGGCUGGUGGUGUUGGAGCGCAGCUGUGGAGCUGGCUGGCUGGCUAGCGGUAAAGUGGCGUUCGUGCUUGCUCGUGCGGUUAGUCGUAUGCUUGACGGUUCCGGAGCGGGUUUGUGUUAACGGAAGAGCGCAAAGUACAACAAAUUUCGUAUGCGAACAAAUGUGGAAUUUAUGAAAAGCGAAAGAUUGUCGUGUCGGCGGGGUAUGGAAAAAAGACAGAGUGAAUCAAGUGCUUGAAAAUUUUCAUGAAGCCUUUUAACGGUACUGCGUGUUUUAAAUCGUUGCAAUAGUGAAUAUUUGCAUUUAUUAAGAAAAAUUAAAAUAAGCAGAGCUUAAAAAAAUUUAAAAAAAAAAUAAAAUUAACAAAAAAAAUUAUUUUUAAAAAUUAUUACGAAAAAUAAAAACACAGCAAAAAUUAGCUUCAUGUAAUAGCUUUGAGCGAAAAAGUGCAACAAUUCACCACUGCCAAGUGUUUCCACUGAUUUUAUUAAACUUGCAACAUGUACUAAAAAUAUGCGCUUUAGUAUGUAUGUAUGUAUGUAUGCAACUGGUGUGAAGCACGUAUAAAAAAAAUUAAAAAGAACAGAAACUGUGAAAAAGGUUCAAAUCAAAUUGUGAAAAGUGACAAAGUGUCAACGCCACUGGUGACACUUAGUCUGUCAAGCGCGUAUACAUGCUCAUACACGCACACUCACACACGUGUAAAUUAACAAUUUAACGCAGCUUGACAUUGCCAGCAUUGUGGUUGCGGCAACUUUUACCGCUCGACUAUCGCUGUGUGUCGGUCUGUCCGUCGCACUGUCUGCUUGCCGUGUUCUUCGCACUUAAUUAAUGUCAAGUGGGCAUCACUUGCAUUAUGCAAUUUAAGGCGACAACGCGUUUCGCGUACGCAAACUGCAGCAAAAUUAACAACAACAACAACUCGAGCAAUUACAGCGAAAGCAACAAUAACAACAAAACUGUCACAGAACGUCGUGAUUUCGUGUUGAUCUAUGCACAGCUACAUGCAAAUCAACAACAACAAUCAGAGCAACAACAAAACAAAAAACUCGUGCAACUUGGCGUGGCACACAAAAUGCAAACUACAACAAAUACAAAUACGGAACUAAACUGCAUUUGCGCGUUACCACGCGGCAACAACAAGAACAACAACAACAAAAGCAGUUGCAAUAACAACCACAGCAAAAACUUCAACUCACAAAGUGACGCGUACACCAGCACAGCCGCGACAAGAGUUUGCAACAUGGCAGCUGCCACAAUCCCAACAGCAAUGACCGAUGACAGUGGGUGUUGCAAGUGUGCACGCAGCAACAAUAUGCAGCAUUGCGGCAAAGAUGUUGAUUACAUUACUGCUGCCGCCCCAGCUCCGGCCGCGGCAAUGGCGGUGGCGUGCGCCGAACGAUCAACGCCAACACAAUGUUGCAAGUACAACAUGCAAGACAGCCUUAGCAAGUACAAUAAGAACAAUCAGCACAACAGUGCAGUCAACUGGAAAAACAAUUUUGUGGCAAGUGAAAGUGCGAAGAAAGAUUGCAAACAUUCCGCAGUGAUUAGAAGCAUUGGCUGUGGCAGCGGCGAAAAUUUACUGGCAACAGCAGCUGAAAUUAAAACUAAAACAACAACAAAAGCAACCAGCAUGCAUACCGCAUUCGACAUUGGCAACUGGAAGAGCAUAUGUGCUAUGAUUUUGUUGUUGUUCAGCUUUACAUGGCAUGAUUACGCUCUGGCCGCUCUCAGCAACGUCAGCUUAUACAUUGAGCCACCAGCGGUGCGUCGUGGUCAGUCGGUCAUUUUGCGCUGUCAGUAUUCCCUAGAAGGUGCGCCACUUUACUCAAUCAAAUACUAUCGUGGCAAUUAUGAGUUCUACCGUUAUACGCCGGGUGAAUUUCCAAAUGUGAAACACUUCCAAUACCCGGGCAUUAAGGUGGAUGAAGUUAUCUCCAAUGCCACACAAGUUGUUAUACGCGACGUGAAAUUCACUUUAUCCGGAAACUUUUCCUGCGAAGUCACGGCCGAUGCACCGCUCUUCUCCACCGCCACCGCCUAUGCGCAAGUACAAGUUGUGGAAUUCCCCGAGAAGCGUCCGCAACUCUUCACCGAACAUGCGCGUUAUGAAACAGGCGACAUCUUGCGCGCCAACUGCAGCACACCACCCUCGAGACCACGCGCCGACCUUCAGUUCACACUCAACAAUAUACCGGUAUCAACGGGCGAAACGCAAUACAUCAGAACGGUUGACAAUUUAAUAGCGUCGAGACUGAGCCUGAAACUGCAAUUGCAUGCAGCACAUUUCGUGGCCGGCAUUAAUACCCAGCACUUGAUGAAUCACCUGGGCGGCAGUCAGGCAGCUAUGGGUGUAUCCUAUAAUACAGGUGUUGGUGGUGGCGGUGGUGUUGCUGGGAAUGGCGGUUUGGUUUUGCGUUGCACAGCACAAAUUGGUAAUUUGUAUCAGGAGUACAAGGAAAUCGAAUUGGGCACACCGCAAAAGGAUCCAGUKCCCGCACGAGUGACAUUGUCAUCCGGCUCUAGUCUGCGUAAUUUCUUCGAAUACUUCUCGGCGGCCAGCUCCGCUGCCUCGACGACAACCACAUCCACAACGCAGAGCAUAGCGCGUCCAUUGAAAUUGAUGGUAUUGGCAGCUGCUGUAUGGCGCUCGCAAGCGCUGCUCCUCGGGUUGGCAGCUGGCCUCGUCGGYGCUUACAGCACAUUAAGGCUGAAGCCAGCCACCAACGCCAGCAGAUAGUUCAAUCGCAGCAAAUCGAACGCGUUAAUGCAAUGAAGACGAUGCUGGUCGAGGUGGCGAGAUGAAAGCUAUUGGCUGCAGGAUGGCCUGUGAAAAGCUGAGCCAAGCUAUAUAGGAGACCAAAAGCGGAGGAGCGAAGCAUAAUUAUAGRCGAUGCAACAAAAGCUUUUAAUUGCAAAGGCGAAAGCGAAGCGGUAAAGGCACAAAAAGCGCACGCGGCAGAGAGACGAUACUAUAAGACAGUUUAUUUAAGUAAUGAAGAACACAAGCACACACACAAACACACAUGCAUAUACACACACGUAUACAUAGUGUCUACACGAUAAUUCAGUUAAUUAGGCAGAGCUUAAGAAUUGAACUGCUGUUGGCAAAUAAAUGAGCGAAAAGUAAAUAACUUUUUGUUAUUGUUUUUCUCCUUUUUUAACGGCAUAUURAAGUAUGCGAGAUCUGCAUGUUUGUAAUUGAAUAUUGUUAAUGCUGUUCUGUACAAUUUACCAUGUUAAUAAUGCAUAAGUGAGAAAAAAAACAACAAAAAUGAGAAAAACACAUUUAGCAAAUAAGUCAAAGAAAUUAAAUGAAAAAAGCAAAACAAAUAAAUAUAUGUAGUACAUACAAUAAAAAAAUAUUCUAGGUGUUAAUUAUUGUGGAAUAAUUGAUAUUAAAUAAAUAUUUGUAAAUAGUAAAUGCGCACGCAAUCUAACGGUUAAGCAAAGUAAACAAUGGCGAAAGUAAUUAAAGCAAAUAAACACCAAUACAUAUGCACACGCAUACACACUCAUACAUAUACACGCAAAGCUAUGUAAAUCAAAUAGUGGCUAGUCUAAAUCUUUUACAAAUAUUUUGGUUGAACAAUGCUUUGGGAAUACUGGAGAAAUUAUAAUGAUUGUUUAAAAAAGCAAAUUUAAUUUUUUCUUAAACAAAUUCAUUU